AUGCACCACGACACCGACAUUCUCAUCGUCGGGGCAGGCCCAACCGGCCUGACCCUAGCCCUAGAACUAGCCGCCCAAAUCCGACAAGCCGACGACCCCAUCGCCAGCCCCUCCCCCACCAUCUCCUUCCGCAUAAUCGACAAAGAACCCACCCGGUCCGACAAGAGCCGCGCCCUCGCCAUCCAGCCACGGACCCUGGAGCUGCUCAACCGCCACGGCAGCGCGGCGACCGACCUAUCCGCCCGCGGCCGGCCCGCGUCGGGCGUCACCAUGUUCGUCAGGGGUCGCAGGGCCGUCGACAUCGAUGUCACGGACCUCGGCUUCGACGACACGCGGUUCCCACUGCCGCUGAUCGUGUCGCAGGCUGAGACGGAGAGGUUUCUGGAGGAGAGGCUGGCGGCGUGCGGGGUGGCGGUUGUCGAGAGGGGCGUCGCGGCGACGAAGGUUGAGCAGGCUGGGGACGGGGUCGUCGUCACGCUGGUGAAGGGUACGGCCGGAGAGAACGAGCAGCAGCAGGAGGAGGAGGAGGAGGAGAUUGUUCGGUGCAGGUAUGUAGUCGGCUGCGAUGGGGCGCAUAGCACCGUCCGGCACGCGUCGGGGCUGAAGUUCGAUGGCGCACCGUAUCCGCAGGACUUCAUCCUCGCGGACACGCACAUCGACUGGCCGCCGCUGGACGGGCUGCAGGGUCGCAUGGUGGCAUUCCUCGCCGGAGGGCUGAUGGUCAUGUUCCCGUUCCGGGACGACAGCUUGGUGCGUCUCGUAGUGUCCCGCCCGGGCAGCACGCACCCAACCGGAUCCGCCUCCUCCUCGGCACCUGGCGGGCAGCAGCAGCAGCAGCAGGCCCCGGAACCCACGCUCGAGGACUUCCAGCAGGCGUUAGACUCGUUAUACCCCGGGAAACCCCGCGGGAGGCUGCACUCGCCGGUGUGGAUGACGCGGUUCCGCCUGCACCACCGCGGCGUCGACGCGUACCGCGACGGCCGCCUGCUCGUCGCCGGGGACGCCGCGCACAUCCACAGCCCCGCCGGCGGACAGGGCAUGAACGCGGGCAUCCAGGACGCCGUCAACCUUGGGUGGAAGCUCGCGGCGGCGGUGCGCGGCGAGAAGGCGCGGCGACAAGGGGCUGGGGAGGAAGAUGGGGAAGUGUCCGAGCUGGAGACCCUGCUGGAUAGCUACCAUGCUGAGAGGUACCCGGUCGGCAGAGCCCUACUGCGCGGCACGGACCGCCUCUUCAGCUGGGCGACGUGGACGAACCCCGUCUGGAUUGCCUUGCGCAACGCGCUUGUCCCGCUGGUGGUGCCGUGGCUAGUGCGCGACCGCGGGCGGCGCAGGGAGGGGUUCCGCUUCAUGUCCGAGUUUAGUAUUGCGUACCGCGAGAGCGCCGUGGUCGGCACUGCGGCGGGGUUCCGAGGGCCGGUCCGGGGAGGUGAUCGUCCCCCCGAUGGGAAAAUCCUGGGUGAGGAUGGGGGGGAGGCAUGGUUGAUGGAUCUGUGCCGAGGGGUGGUGCAUCACCUUCUCCUCUUCUCUGGUACAGGGGCCAACGCUGCGAGUGCUGCGGAGCUUCAACGGGCGAGGGAUGGGUUUCUUAACGGUGGCAAGCCUAAGACUGGUGUGCAUGUGCACAUUGUUUACGCCGUGGCUAAAGCGGAUGGUGCCGAGGGCUGCGUUGACAUCGGCGGACAACUUCACGAGCGCUAUGGCUUUAAGGGGCCGGGAUAUGUCUACAUUCGGCCUGAUGCGUACAUGGGCCACAUCGGACCUCUGGACUCACUGGGAGCUGUCAUGUCUGUUGCGACACGUCAAUCUUGUGUGUGA